UUUCUUGAAAGUUCUUGAAGGUGACAGUAAAUCUCCUGUGUACAACUUUUAUAUCUUUUCAACUUUUUCUCUCUCUACUAGCAUGACCCAGUCUUCGAAUUCCAAUACCAAUAGCAACAACUGUGCUAAAACCAUCAAAUUCAUCUGCAGUUAUGGCGGCAAAAUUGCCCCACGCACCACCGAUUGUAAGCUCCGUUACGUCGGCGGAUACACUCGAGUCCUCUCCGUUAAUCGUUCUAUCACAUUUGCAGAUUUGAUGGUGAAAUUUGGGGAAUGUUGUGGUUCAUCAAUUAAUUUGAAGUGUAAGUUACCGAGCGAAGAUUUGGAUGUGUUGGUUUCAAUCAAAUCUGACGAGGACCUUGAGAAUGUGAUUGAAGAAUACAAUAGAGUUUCGCCGGGAACAAAAAUCAGAGCCUUGCUUUUCCCGAUGAACUCGAAGAAAAACUCUUCUCCUGUUUCGUCUUUCGAUUUCCCGUCCGUGCUGAAACCGCGCAAAUCAGUUCCUGCCACCGCGUCUUACUAUUAAGGGCCUCCGCUACAUUUCUAUGAAGGAAGGUGCCAUAGGCAGCAUUUGUACCAUGUCCCUCACUGGAAUUAUCGUCAUUCUCAAAAGGAGUAGUUUGCAAAAAUGGGAAGUUUGAAUACAGAAACAGUGAAUUUUACACUUGAAAAUACAAAAGCUUUUUGAAUUAGAAACUAAAAACUGAAGUAAAUUUGCAGUGCAAUGUGAAUUAAACCGUGAAUUUUGAUGUUGAGAAUUGAGAUUCAAGAAUUUUUGGCA